UUUUCUACAUCCGCCAUAUUGGGCGUUCUAAUUUCUCUCAUUCAUUUUACUACAAGUACUCCGUCUUGGGCUAAACAGCCUUUGAUUGCGUUCUAAAUAUUGUUACAUUCUAGCGAAAUUCGUUACUGAAACAUAAAACAUAUAGGGAACUCUACACGUAGAUAAGUUUUGCCACCUUGCAGUUUUUGCGUCGUCAUGAAAUGAACAAACCAUUUCGUGUGACUAUCUGAUCUGAACUGCCAUCAUAGAUGCAUGAAACUGUUUUGUACAUUUGUGUACCGUUUUGGAUCGCAGGAAUUUGGAACUUUUAAAGGUGUUCUAUAUUUACGUGGCUCCAUUUUGCCCUUGAUUCCAGCAUCUUGUCGUUGGAUGUGUAACAUGCUGAAUGCACCGGCAGCCGACAGAAAUAAGGACCCGAUCCUUUCUGUUUUAAAAAGCAGACUAACAUCAGACCGACAUCUGGACGCUUUGGAAAUAUCCUCAGGCACAGGACAACAUGUCGUACACUUUGCUAAAGCAUUUCCCAAUAUUACAUGGCAACCAUCUGAAGUUGAUGCACAGUCCAUAUCGAGUAUCGAGGCCUAUCGACAACAUCAUAAACUGCAGAAUGUGAAGCCACCUAUCCAUCUCGAUGUGUCACAAAGUUGGGAGAACUGGGGUGGAAUUCAGGCUGAGUCUUGUGACCUUGUUGUGAAUAUCAACAUGAUGCAUAUCUCACCUCUGGCCUGCACAAAGGGUUUGUUUAAUGCUGUUGGAAAAAUACUAAAGCCUCAAGGAUUGCUUCUGACUUAUGGGCCAUAUGCUUUCAAUGGAUCGAUUACUCCUCAGAGCAAUGUUGACUUUGACCACAGCUUAAGAUCAAGAAAUCCAGAGUGGGGUCUAAGAGAUGUAUCUUUAUUGACAUCACUUGGCCAAGACAAUGGAUUACGACUGGAGGAAAUUGUUGAUAUGCCUGCCAACAACAAGUGCCUAUUGUUUUGCAAAGACAGCGUGGUUUGAUACAACAUCAGUUUGUAUAGUGUCACACUGUUUGCAUUUCUGUACAUUCUGGACUGGUUGAACUUCAAAGAUACUAAAUAAUAAUAAGAAGGUUUCUCCAAGUCAAUGGAUUAGGUUAAAACAUUAGAGAUAGGCCAUUAUAUCGGUUUUAAUGAUUAUAGGUGUUGUAAGCAAGUUUAUUUAUUUAUUUUUUUCAUGGAAAGGUAUACAAAAAAACUUUCCUACUCCCUGAAAGAUAUGAAUGAAAAAAGUGUUGUGAGAUAUCUCACAACAGUCUCUGUGCCAGCACUUGACUCUGUAAACAGCAAACAAAAAUGUGCCUGCGGGCAACAGUCUCUGGCGCUUUCUGUCUGCCAAUCAUUUUUCACAUUCUCAUAGUGUUGUAGUUGCAGUGAAUUAUUGAGACUUAAUGCCAUUUUUAUGCCAUGUUGUUCAUAACAGUUGUCAGUUGAGGGCGCUAUUUUGCUGCAGUUGUCUUUGGGCAAAAAACGUUCGUCAAUGUCGGUCUCAAUAAAGCUAAUUUAGUAUCUUAAGAGUGCAGGGUUUUGGAAAGAGGGGGUGUGGCUUAUCCAAUAGCUCAGUUUGUGGAAAUACUAGAAUGGCUAAAACUGCUUACAGUACCUUUAAUCUGUGUUGAUGCAAUAGUUGCUUUUUGGAACUAUCAGUUAUUGGCAAAAAUCUAUGUCAAUAGUUGUUAGAACGCAAAGGUCUUACAGUAUUACAGCGGCCUCUAAAGGUGAAGUAAAAACAAUCAGUGACACCUUGUGAGGAUUUACUGUAUCUAAAUAUUUCAUCAGACAAUAUCCAUAUUUGUAUUCUCACUUCAAUGCAUAUUUUGUUAUUUUGAUUAUAUAAUCAAGUGUUCUAAUUUAAAGUGAGAAAAUGCAAAGAAAAAUGUGACAAGCCUAUAUCUGGUGAAUAUAUACACUAUAUUGCCAAAAGUAUUCGCUCAUCUGCCUUUAGACUCAUAUGAACUUAAGUGACAUCCCAUUCUUAAUCCAUAGGGUUUAAUAUGACGUCGGCCCACCCUUUGCAGCUAUAACAGCUUCAACUCUUCUGGGAAGGCUUUCCACAAGGUUUAGGAGUGUGUUUAUGGGAAUUUUUGACCAUUCUUCCAGAAGCGCAUUUGUGAGGUCAGACACUGAUGUUGGACGAGAAGGCCUGGCUCGCAGUCUUCGCUCUAAUUCAUCCCAAAGGUGCUCUAUCGGGUUGAGGUCAGGACUGUGUGAGGCCAGUCAAGUUCUUUCACACCAAACUCGCUCAUCCAUGUCUUUAUGGACCUUGCUUUGUGCACUGGUGUGCAGUCAUGUUGGAACAGGAAGGGGCCAUCCCCAAACUGUUCCCACAAAGCUGGGAGCAUGGAAUUGUCCAAAAUCUCUUGGUAUGCUGAAGCAUUCAGAGUUCCUUUCACUGGAACUAAGGGGCCAAGCCCAGCUCCUGAAAAACAACCCCACACCAUAAUCCCUCCUCCACCAAACUUCACAGUUGGCACAAUGCAGUCAGACAAGUACCGUUCUCCUGGCAACCGCCAAACCCAGACUCGUCCAUCAGAUUGCCAGAUGGAGAAGCGUGAUUCGUCACUCCAGAGAACGCGUCUCCACUGCUCUAGAGUCCAGUGGCGGCGUGCUUUACACCACUGCAUCCGACGCUUUGCGUUGCACUUGGUGAUGUAUGGCUUGGAUGCAGCUGCUCGGCCAUGGAAACCCAUUCCAUGAAGCUCUCUACACACUAUUCUUGAGCUAAUCUGAAGGCCACAUGAACUUUGGAGGUCUGUAGCGACUGACUCUGCAGAAAGUUGGCGACCUCUGCGCACUAUGCGCCUCAACAUCCGCUGACCCCGCUCUGUCAUUUUACGGGGCCUACCACUUCGUGGCUGAGUUGCUGUCAUUCCCAAUCGCUUCCACUUUGUUAUAAUACCACUGACAGUUGACUGUGGAAUAUUUAGUAGCGAGGAAAUUUCACGACUGGACUUGUUGCACAGGUGGCAUCCUAUCACAGUACCAUGCUGGAAUUCACUGAGCUCCUGAGAGUGGCCCAUUCUUUCACAAAUGUUUGUAGAAGCAGUCUGCAUGCCUAGGUGCUUCAUUUUAUUCACCUGUGGCCAUGGAAGUGAUUGGAACACCUGAAUUAAAUUAUUUGGAUGGGUGAGCGAAUACUUUUGGCAAUAUAGUGUAUGGCUAUAAAAGGCUUAAUUUUGUAGAUACUUAAAAAUAGAGCAUUGUAACAGAGCCAAGUCUCCGUCAUUUCAAAAUAAGAGUCUCCAGUGUGUUUCAUGCUUGUGUAUAGCUAUAAAUCUCACAUUAUGCAUCAAAUCUUCAUUCAUUUUUUUUUUUUUUUUUUUUUUUUCUGGUUAUUAUGGGAGUUUGGUUGAACAAUAAACUACAUCUGGGACUUUAUUCA